GGAGGUGGUCCGCAGAUUGCGUGAUGAGCGUUGAGAAGGUUCCUGCUUAUAGGCUUCUCAAUAGGUUUCGUACUAAUGGUACAUGGUUCAUGGCAAAAGACCCAGGGGGAUUCCUCAGUCUUGCUCCCUGUUUCUGGUUCUGCUGCAUACGGAGAAGAGGCCGGCCAAUUGAUGACGACAGCAGAAGCAGGGCCAGUUCUACCAGGAGCCGAUCAUUCAGCUACUCCGAAUCCAGCAGCAGUGAUGACGAUGAUUACCACAACAAUAAAAUAGUUAAAGAUCAGACCGGGUAUAACGGAGCGAAGGAAAAUGAUAAAAUCACCGGCGACGGAGCGAAGUACGGUGCAACCAAGGACGUUGAAUUGGCAACUGAACAGGAUGGUGUAAAUGAACCGAACAUUAAUACAAAUUCAGCAGGCUAUUCUCCUGUUCCUGAUGGCGACUCUUCUGACGAGGAAGGUGAAGCCCUCACCAGGCCUCUUCAGUCUUUAUCAAUUUUAUCCGAACAGAAUUAUGACGAGGAAGAGAGAAUGGAGCAAUACCAAAACUCCGUAAUAUCAUCUAGUUCGAGUUUAGGCGAGAUCCAUGUUCUCGGGGAUCCUGAGACUUACAGUUUGACUAACGUCUCUGCCUCUAGAGAACAGCUGAUGCAGAAGGUUGGUGAUACCUCUUCAUUGGACAGUUGGUCUUGUAAUGACCGAAGACUUGAUCCUAUAGCGAAUCAAGCUGACAGGAUGUCUCUUCGUGAGGAUACAGCUUCAGUAAACAGCUGGGUAAGUAGAACAAGUGCAACGCCCUCUGCUAAAAGCUUGCAAGCAGAAUCAUCUUCAGUCAAGAGCUGGUCAAAAGAAGAAACAGCCAGUCUUGAUAGGCAGCCUAUAAAGAGGAUCAGCGCCACAGAAAUGCUGAGCACGUCCGGUACAGCUUCCCUAGAAGAUAUAACGGAAGCGCCUUCAGCAGCAGAAGUAGAAGAAGAGGUACCAGCUGCUGAACAACCCGCUGACCCUUCUGCAGCAAGUCAGGAAGUCCGGAAAAGCCCGGACAAACGCCCCAAAACUUAUCUUGAAGACCCGAUGUACAGUGUUCCUCAGGUCGAGCAUAAGAAAGCAGCCGAGCCUGUUCCUGUGCAACCUGUCCCAUCAAUCGAAGUUGACAGUGCACCUGAUCUGCAGCAAAAAGAGUCUAUCAAAUCGAAAACUUCUGACGACAGUGGGGUUGUGGUUGAUAAGUAUAUUUCAACUACUCCUCGAUACAAAAGCCAAUCAGCCGUGUUCUCUGACGACGCCGUCAGUCUUCAAAGCGCAACCAGCAUGGUAAGUCUUGAUGCUGCUGGACUACCAAAAAAGAAGAAGAAACUCAAAUUAUUUAAAAAGUUCAAAUUUAAGAAGAAGAAGAAGAACAAGUUGCUAGUGCAGCAGCAGGCAGGUUACAGCGCUUCUACUCCUACACUCGGAGCAGACGCUGAUGCUGCUUCUAGCACCAUGUCAGUAAACUCAAAGAGUAGAUACAGUGCUAGUUUACUUCUCGCAUCGUUAGACGAUCUGAGUGAUGAUGAUAUUUGUAAGGAUUAAUUAAUUAAUUAUCUGCAAUUUGCAAAAUCUUUUAAAAAGCGUCUGUAAAAUAAUACAAUUGUAAAAAGCAAUUAAAAGCAAUUAACAACAUCUGUUUUGUGUCACGUUUAUAUAAAUGUUUCGCUUUAUCUCUGGUAGAGGAAAGCAUCAUUAUUUGUGAAUGGAGUACUCAUACUUUUGCUUGCUCAGCAUAUAAGUUCAAAUAACAUUUAAUAGCUAUGCAUGCAAGCCAUGCAAGCCAUGCAUCUAAAUAUGUCCGGCGACAGAUUUUAAGACGUUGAAUUUGAUUCCGGCACCCAGGGAUUUAACCAUCAAAUUUUCCGCACUUUUCGCAAGAAUCCUAAACCUUGAUGGUCGGGUCCGCGAUUUAUUUGGUCCGGAGUUCUGAGGUUCAGAAUUCGACGUUUCUUGGUCAUGAUUUAAAUAUGGCUAAUCCUAGACAUUAGACAAGGGUUGUUGAUAUAUGUAUUAUACCUUUUACUCUGCGGUCUUCCAAGUUUUGCUAACGUUUUAUUAUUCGUCAAAUAUAGAAAGUUAAUGUCGGUCGAGCGACAUUGCAUGGAAUGUGGUUUUAAAUAUAUACAUCUGAUUCCAUAGAUGUUGCUUACAUCAUGUAAGCAACAGUAAGCAAGAUAAAUAAUAAAAAACAAAAUGAUAUCUUUCUUCAGAUGAUAUUUUUGACUGGAAAUUUUGUUACUUCUAUUCGUUUUGACAACAAAUAAUUUCUUUAUAGAUCCAGACACCAUUCGGACAAAUUAUGAUGAAAAUUAUUGAUUGGUUUGAAAUAGUUUGGUAGAAGAACUUAUAUGCAGGGUAUGAAAGUUAUUUUGUUUUUCUACAUAAAAA